CAGUUCUUAUUAUACAUCCAUGCUCGUGGUUUCCUUGCAUCUCUCCAUGCUUCCCUGGUGGGAGGGACUAGUCACAGGGAAACGACGCAAGUGAGGGACGCAAGGAAUCCAUUUAACCGAAGUGAGAAGGGCCCCCUGAGUGGAUAAGACCCCAUAACUAUAGUGGCUCAUAAUAAACAGAUGUAUACUUAUUUUCCUGUUGAUAAGGUAUACCAUUCUAAACAAAUAUAUUGUCUCUAAUACAAUGGCCCUGCGCAAAAAAUGUAACAUAGGUUAUUGUCUAAUGUUUGGACGCUGAUGUCUGUUUCACUGUAAUUUGUUGUAAUUAUGAUGUUUCAUAUUUUUCCACUUUAUAUAGAGAAACAUUCUACAACAUAAUAUAAAUGUACUUUUUGGUACAAACUAUUACAAUCUUUAGAUAAAAUGUAGCAUCAUUAAUGUAAAAGAUAAAUGUUGGAAAAAGUUUAGAACUUAGCUCUUUUUUUCCGGCAAGGUAAUGAGUGACUUUUCCUACAGAACUUCAGUAUAGUGUUAUUGUGCAUGCUACUGCCAGGGGGAGGCAUUCUUCUGCUUUCUCCACAACAUCACUGAAAGUGUGAUUUUUCUGUGUAGUUUCACCUAUUGCUCAUUCAGAAGAACAGACUAUAAGAACUGUAACCUUCAAAGUUAAUCUUAUUCUUACUAAUGCCAUGAUGCCGUCUUACAGCAUUAUUGUUUUAUAUUUGUACUGGUAGUAGUUUCCAGGAUGGUUUUCUUUGCUUUUCAGGAUUGAAAAAAUAUGUGACAAACUGAUACAAAAAAAACGAUCCUUAUCUAAAAUACAUGGAAACAGCCAUAGUUACAAAAAUGAUUGUGGACAUAAGGUUGUACACACCCGGGUAUUUACCAAGACUUCGAGUAUUGUUACACAUGAACAUCCCCUUUCUUCUUAGUGUGGUUAUGCUUCUGAAUGAUGAAGAUGCCCCCUUUUUCUUUUUUGAACGGUGACUCUCUUUUCAGACAGCACACAAUGGAGGAUGUCCAAGAUUUCUCCCUUGGUGGUAAAGAGGCAGUAACAGAAGCUAAUCUGAGAGAUGAGUACUAUUGGAAGCUUGUUGCAGACUUCAUUGGUCCUCAAUCAGGAGAAGGAUUGGAGCUUGAAAGUGCACCGUGCAAGAACAGACUUUUAAUUCAAGUAGGACUUCUGACAGAGGACAAUAAUUUCCCAUGGAUUGCCAUCGUAUCUUGGCUAAUGAAAAUCUUCCCGAGUCAUUGGUCAACUAACUUUCGUUGUUUGGUGGAAAGAGGCAUCGCAACCACGUUGAGUCUGGGAAGUGAUGCAAGGCAAAUCUUUCUUGAUUCAGACGUCAACUUUAACUUUGUUGGCCCAAUAUGUGACAGCAUUGGAGUUGAACGGCAACAUCUUUUGGAAAUCAGGGAUUUUAGUGAGCGAGCACAGUCAAUAGAAGUCACUAAUGGGCUGAUUCUCGAGUUGAGCAACUUUGUCAGCAGGGAGAAACUUGCACCAGUUGUUAUAGUGACUUGGCUUAGAAACUUCAACCCUGAGUUUUGUAAGAAAGGGGAUUUUCAAAAGGCAUAUAAAGUCCUUAGACCUAAGAUAAAGAAGUUAAAACUGCAUUACCGCAAUUAUGAAACAAGGAGUCACAGGAGGAAUGCAGCGAUGGAAAAUCUGCUUCAAAGUCCAUUUGAACUGGUGCGUAAGAAAAUGCCCAAAGUGACUGUGAAGAAGCGCAUGAGAAAAGACGACACCAUCCAUUUUGAAAAAGUUAUAAUCAAGGAGGAAUACGAGAGCCAUGAAAUCAUGGAAGGGGAGGAAUCUAACAUGAGAAGAGACGUAAAGAAAAUAAUUGUGAAAGAAGAUGCCUCUGUAAACGAUGACAGUGAUGAGGAUUUGGACGAGUCCAACAGUGGAGAAGAAACAUCAGAUAACAAAGAAGAUACCUCGACUCUGCUUGACAUUGCAAUGCUGUCUGUCCAAAAGCUGUCCAAAAUGUACGGUGGGAAAACCGAAGCAUGCAAGCAAGUUUGCUUGGAUCUCCUCAAAAAUCAGUAUGCUCUGACAUGCAAGGAGCAUCGAGCCAUGGCAGAGUUUGAGCAAAAACUAGACACACUUUGUGGAGAGCCUUCACUUGUUUACCCCGUUGUGUUUUUAAACUACAAUGCCAAUUUCCUUGUUGACUUGCAAGAUGCUGUGGAGCAGCAGAUCAUGGCCUUUGAGAAAGAGAUCAUUCUAUCAACCGGAGAGAAACUAGGCCGGGACAAACUUUCAAAAUUCAAGAGCUUUGUGAAUUUAUCUGAAAGUGCCACUUCACGCUACAUCCACAUGGCUUGUGAUACCCUAAAUACAACCAACCCUGGCAUGAAAAACUACAGGAAACACUGGGUAGCUUUCUGCGAAGAAAAGAAAAACCCCUCCAGAAUUGCAGUAAAUCCAUCAAAACGAUUCCAGAACUACUUCGAAGCUGCAGCGGGUCUUAUCCACCAUCACAAAGAGACGGCUCUGUUCUUUUCUGAUUUGCUUGCAAUGACAAACGACACAAACAUUAUUCUGGAGAGCGUUGCUGCUGAUGCUAAUGACUCUGUGAUUCAGAGCUUUGUGUGUGUCCUGGCCAUUGUUUACUGCAAAGUCCUCGGUCCUUACUGGCAGCUCCUGAAUAGCAGCGGAGAUUACUCCCUCUUCUGCCAGUACAUACUCUCCCUGUACCAAAAGUUCCUCGAUUGGUCCAAAGAUCCUUCAACACUGCUAGAACCUGAAGCUGAGACAAAUGUUUUUCUGCAGUACCCAUCACAGGAGAAAAUCUUUGAUGGAGUGUUUCAUUUCUGUGGCCAGUGGCACACUAAUAGGGACCUUAUCAGAGCUUGCCUGAAAAGGAUAGUGAAGGUGAUUGCUGCUGUCACUGAGGAACACCUGAAGGAUUUCCUGCCAGGAGGAACGUUUGGUCAAAUCCCUUCACCAGACCUGAUCUCACAACUGGAAAGUUGCACCUUUUCCGCCUUGAUGGCGAAAUAUCCUUUCAGCACUGCAGAAGAAAGUCCCAUCAAGAAGAAAAAACAUGACAAGUCUUCCAAACGCUCUUCACAGAAGAACCUUCAGGAAGAUGAUGACCAAUCCGGUUCCUCUGACAGCAGCUCUGAUGAAUCUUCCAGUUGGCAAAGAAGUGGCCAAAAUGAUGCCGACAGUCCCAAGAUUAAGAAAGUAAGGAAAGUACAGGAAGAGCGAGUGGAGAACAACGAUAGGGAUUACAUUGUAGCUAAAGUGAAAAGAAACGGAGGGCCAUGCAAGACACAGCAGGAUGUUGACAAAAUGAUGCUGCGCUUUGACGGAAAAACAAGGGAAGACAAACGGGAAGGAAUCCGUUGUGAGAUAAUGUACCAGAAAAUGGUUUUGGACAACACAGACCAUAACUUGGGUGGUACUUUCAGCAACACCACACAAAUGGUGUUGAAGCUGAAGCUUGCACUUCCUCGUGUUAAACCUGGUUACUCGCUUGUUUGGGCCCCUAAAAAAACAAAGACAAAGCCUGUGGUUCAACCUAAUGCUGCUACUGGAUGGGAUGUGCCAACAGCACAUGAGAAUUUUCAUGGCGUCUGAAAAAAAGUGUGGUUUUGGAGAAAAGAGAAUAAUUGUCACUCUCUUAUGAUUUUACAUUUGCAAACUAAAAUUAUCCUUUUUAUUGUAUGAUUCUGUAUAUAUCUAUUGCAGCUGUCAUGUGUGUUACUUACUGUUCUUCAACUGCCUUUAUUUAAAAAAUAUAAGGUUUGAUUCUUGUAGAUUAUCAUGUGCAUAUAAUUGUAUAAUUUGUACGGUGCUGUUUUGUUACCUUUUUCAGUUACUGGGGGAAACUUUUUUUUUAAUACAUGAUUAUGCAUUGGGAUUAUGAGGUCAGUUGAUAACUGCUGAUUUAAAAUAUGUUGUAUAAACCACUAAUGAAAUAAACAGCGCCUUCGUGCA